AUGAAAACGCGAUCUAUAGGAUUGCUUGAACUCCCUGAAGGCCCAUCAAACUGGAGCGAUGAGAAGGAAAUGCGUGCUCGAAUUGCCAACUAUACAGCCGAAAAGUUCUCUCACAACUACCAUAAAUGGAACCUGAUUACGAUGCCAACCAACUCAUUAACAAGUCGUUCUGCAGUGCGCGCUAAACGCGAUGGCGGACUCGUUUCGGGUCCGAUUGCCACUGCCGUAGUCACGGGAAUGAUCGGAAUGACUGCUCGAACUGUGUCGGAGCUGACUAAUUUUCACCCGUCGCAGUCCGAAGGAGGCUGCACAUGGUUUGGUACGGCUCCGCUCUGUAACUGGCCUUGUCCAUCAGAAUACGACUAUAUUCGUAAGCAUAACGGACGGUGUUCCAACAUGUGGUUUAGCGGUUUUUGUGUGCCCGACGACAGCUUCGGAAAGCCGUGUUCAACUGUCCUCGGAAGUUACUUCUAUAAGCGCUUCUGCUGCAAGUGUGAUACUCCAUUGCGUGGAAUAGUCAUGACCAGGUCCGAUCCAACAGAUUGUACGUGGUCUGGCCGAUGGAUGGGGGCCAAUACUGCUCACAAUAUCUACUGCCGGUAUGACAACAUAGGAAAAUGCGGUUCAAUUGAUUGCUCGAUUAAUCACUACACAUUGAAGGCGCAAAACUCAUCCGAUAUUUACGGUGACCGAUGUGAUCGUGUCGAUCUGUUCGGGCUGAGAGGAAAAGCUACUUGUGGAUAUAUUGCAUGGUUCAACGAUGAAGACGAAAUUGUUAAUAGCUGGUAUAAGACCAGGUGA